AUGGUGUCCAAAAGGGGCGUGUUGAAUUCGUCGACACCUAAGUCGGCGGCGACUUCUGAGGACAAGAAAGGGAAGAAAUCGAAAGGAUCGGUGGCUUCAGUUCCUAGUUCUACCAAAAGUCAUGUCAAGGGCAAUGACAUUUCACGAAUUGAGAGCUACAUUGAGGACCUUGCAGGGGAAGUCGCUCAGAAUCUGCACGAGUAUUUUAGAGUUGUAUACAAGGUGGUUACUGAAGCAGACAUCGAAGAGUUUGAGGCAAACUAUAGAGGUUCUGAUUCUGAAAAGAAUGAUCUUAUUGAUCUAUACAAGAAAUUCAAGGGUGACAUGAACAGGCUUUUCUGUUCGAUGCUCUGCUCAGAUCCCAAGCUUGAUUCCCACCGCUUUAAGGAUAUUAUUGAUAAUGCAAUAGCAGCAGGAACGUUGAAGACAACCAAGGCAUACGAGAAGUGGGCAAAGCAAAUUUCCAAAACUAAACCACCUACAGAUCCUCUUAGAAAGAGGGGGAAAGCGAAGAAGAAGUCAGACAAUCUUCUUGCAAUUAUAUCUCAGCGCCGUAGCAAGCAAAAGGAGCAUUUUAAUUCCAUGUUUUCAUCUCUGGUGAAUAAAUAUGGUGGUGGAAUGCAGAGUUCAGAACCCAGUGAAGAAGAGUUUGAGGCUGCAAGAAAGAAACUUGAGAGCCAAAAGUCUGCCAAAAAGUCCAGGCAGAAAUAACAGGAACAUGUGAUGUAUUGGAUUAACUGUGUAUAGCUUUGGUUGCUUUGAGCACUCUCUUAUGCUUCUAAUUUCUGUAGCCAAAAUUGGUGUGUUUGACUUCCCCUUUGUUUGAAUGAUAUUUUGGGAUGACAGAUGCUCAAUGCACUCUUGGUUUGUUUCCUUA